AUGACAUCGAUAGAUGGCGACAACACAAGAAUCGCAGGAAUAUUCCAAGCGGAGGCCGCUCGCAUCGCGGGAAUCGAUUCCCCAUUCCUCCGUGCUCUAGGCUUCGAGGACACGAAAUACACUCUCGACGACCUCUCGACCUACGACGCCUUCCGUGACGGUUUCCUACUCCUUCCCGCCCUUGAGAAUAUCUUGGCCACGCUACCAGGUCAUGAGGAUGUCGCAGGGCUCACCGCGCUGCUCGAUCCGUCCACGCUACCCGGGCGAGUCGCACGCAUAAACCUGCUUACUCGCGGCUCCAACUCGAUGUACCUCGCCAUGACCCCUCCUCGAAGCCCGCACUUGACACCCGUGAAGGAUGAGAGCACGGAACAGGUAAUUGUCGCUGGUAGUUCCGUGCUUGUUUUGUAG